AUCACCUAGAAAGACAUCAUCUUAAAUUGUGACCAUAUUACAAAGGUACAUUGCAUCCUUGUGCGACAUUCCUUCUUUCCCAGCUCAAUAGGAAACAAUGGCGGACAACAGUGACCUAAAAGCCCAGCUAGAGCGCAAAAAGCAGCGGCUAGCUCAGAUCAGGGAGGAGAAGAAGAGGAAACAGGAGGAGAGGAAGGAGACAGAGACGCAGCAGAAGGCUGAAGCUGCCUCAGUGGACUAGGACCGUGACUUGGACCGGAAGCGCAGAGAGGAAGAGGGUCUCCUACAGAGCAUCGGCAUCUCCCCAGAACCACCACUAGUCCCGAUCCCCAUGUCCCCAUCCAAAUGAGUGAGCCGACACAGCACCCCCAGUGAGACGAGAAGCCAGGACUCAGCCGAUGGGGCAUCAGCCGGCAGAAAACCAAAGUUGCACCCCUGGCUCUACGCAACAUGUUUCACAUCUCUGAAUGUUCCACAACAUGAUGCCCUACUGAAUGAAGCCCCGAUGAGGUACUGUAGACAUAAAAGGAGUGAAUCACAAUAUUCAAUGUCCCAGUGUAAUGCUCUGUGGCCCACUACUUCCUGUCUGUCUCCAUCCAGGCGCAGGAUACAUAGACUGGGGGCGUCUAAGAUCACACAGGUAGACUUCCUAUCCAGAGAGGUGGUGUCGUACUGCAAAGAGACUCAGACGGCCAUCGCCCAUCUAUCUGAGGAAGAGCAGGGAGACGACGACUCUUCACUUCCUCCUCCUGGUCCAGAAUCUGACCAGCAUGAAGAGGAGGACAGCAAGGAGACGAAAGAGGGCUACCCCUGCAGGGAGCUGACAGAGGAAGAGAAGUAGCAGAUCCUCAAAUCAGAGGAGUUCCUCAGUUUCUUUGACUGCAGCAUCAGAGUGAUGGAGAGAGCCCUGGCUCAGGAAUCAGACAUCUUCUUCAACUACAGCGGACAAGACCUGGAUGACAAGGAGGGGUAAGAAUGUGUGUGUGUGUGUGCGUGUGUGUGUCUAUCUGUUGUGAGGUCUGUAGAAGGAACAUGGUGUGUGUAUGCAUGCCUAUGUGGCUGCUAAUGGCCUCAUGGAUCCCCAGAGCUGUUGGUGGCGUCCUACAACAACAACGAGGAUGCUCCUCACGAGCCUGACGGUGUAGCUCUGGUCUGGAACAUGAAGUUUAACAAGAACACACCUGAGUAUGUCUUCCACUGCCAGUCUUCAGUGGUGUCGGUGGAUGCCCGGUUCCAUCCUAACCUGGUGGUGGGGGGAACUUACUCUUGUCAGAUAGUCCUGUGGGACAACCGCAGCCACCGCAGGACUCCUGUACAGAGAACCCUCCUCUCAGCUGCAGCUCACACGCACCCGGUGUACUGUGUAAACGUGGUGGGAACCCAGAACGCCAACAACCUGAUCAAAGUGUCCACAGAGGGCAGGAUGUGCUCCUGGAGUCUUGACAUGCUCUCUCAGCCACAGGAAAGAGCUGUUCCAGGGUCAGUCCUACCUGACCUCAAGGCGGGGAUCUGUGAAAUGUUCGAGGGCCACUAUGGGCCUGUGACGGGCCUCAGCUAUCACAACGCCGUUGGCCCUGUAGACUUCUCCCACCUCUUCGUCACCUCGUCGUUUGACUGGACUGUCAAACUGUGGAGCACUGAGCACAAUAAACCCCUCUACUCCUUUGAGGACAACGCUGACUACGUCUAUGAUGUCAUGUGGUCCCCUGUGCACCUGGCUCUGUUUGCCGCUGUGGACGGGAUUGGUCGGCUGGAUCUGUGGAACCUCAAUAAUGACACAGAGGUCCCCACAGCCAGUGUGACUAUCGAGGGAGCCUGCGCCCUGAACAGGGUAUGUUGGGGGUCGGGGAGCAAAGAGGUAGCCGUGGGUGACUCGGAGGGCCGUCUGUGGAUCUACGAUGCAGGAGAGUUAUGA